ACCACAACGGCUCCAACCACAACCACAGUUGCUCCAACCACAACCACAACGGCUCCAACUACAACCACAGCUGCUCCAACCACAACCACAGCGGCUCCAACCACAACCACAGCGGCUCCAACCACAACAACAGCUGCUCCAACCACAACAACAGCGGCUCCAACCACAACCACAGAUGCUCCGACCACAACCACAGAUGCUCCAACCACAACAACAGCGGCUCCAACCACAACCACAGAUGCUCCGACCACAACCACAGCUGCUCCAACCACAACAACAGCUGCUCCAACCACAACCACAGUUCCUCCAACUACAACCACAGUUCCUCCAACUACAACCACAGCGGCUCCAACCACAACCACAACUGCUCCAAUCACAACAGCAGCUAAAACCACAACAACAGUGGCUACAACCACAACCACAACAGCUCCAACCACAACCACAGCUGCUCCAGCCACAACAACAGCUGCUCCAACCACAACCACAAUGGCUCCAACCACAACAACAGCUACUCCAACCACGACAACAGCUGCUCCAACCACAACUGCAUCAUCAUCUUCUCCUAAUGAUACACUAAUUAAAGACAUUUUGGUUAAUGAGGCUUCAAACAUCAGGGAAUUCAACAUACUAGCAGACACGGUUGCUAUUAGUGACCCAGAUGCUCCACCCACAACCACAGCUGCUCCAAGCACAACCACAGGGGCUCCAACCACAACAACAGCUGGAUCAACUACAACCACAUCGGCUCCAACCACAACCACAGUUCCUCCAACUACAUCCACAGCGGCUCCAACCACAACCACAGCUGCUCCAACCACAUCCACAACUGCACCAACCACAACCACAGUGGCUCCAACCACAGUGACAGCUACUCCAACUACAACUACAGCGACAGCUGUUACAACCACAACCACAGAAGCUCCAACCACAUCCACAGUCGCUCCAACUACAACAACAGUGUCUCCAACCACAACCACAACCACAGCUGCUCCAACAACAACUACGGCAUUUUCAACAACAACAACACCUGCUUCAACCACAACUACAGCUGCUCCAACUACAACCACAGAGGCUCUAACCACAACCACAGUGGCUCCAACCACCACCACAGGUGCUCCGACCACAACCACAGUGGCUACAACCACCACCACAGGUGCUCCGACCACAACCACAGCUGCUCCACCUACAACUAAAGAUGCUCCAACUACAACCACAGAGGCUCCAACUACAGUGGCUACAACCACAACCACUGCUGCUACAACUACCACUACAGAUGCUCAAACUACAAUCACAGAGGCUCCAACCACAACCACAGCUGCUCCAACCACAACCACAGGGGCUCCAACCACAACAACAGCUGGAUCAACUACAACCACAUCGGCUCCAGCCACAACCACAGUUCCUCCAACUACAUCCACAGCGGCUCCAACCACAACCACAGCUGCUCCAACCACAACCACAACUGCUCCAACGACAACCACAGUGGCUCCAACCACAGUGACAGCUACUCCAACUACAACUACAAUUCUCCUACAACAACCUCAGAGAGGCUCCAACUACAGUGGUGUUGGGUACCACAACCACUGCUGCUACAACUACCACUACAGAUGCUCCAACUACAACCACAGCUUCUCCAACUACAACCACAUCGGCUCCAGCCGCAACCACAGCGACUCGGCUCCAACAACAACCACAGCUGCCCAAACCACAACCACAGCUGCUCCAACUACAACCACAGAGGCUCCAACUACACUUGCUCCAACCAUAACUACAGCUGUUCCAACUACAACUACAGCUGCUCCAACUACAACCACAGAGGCUCUAACCACAACCACAGUGGCUCCAACCACAUCCACUGUGGCUCCAACCCCAACCACAACCACAGCCGCUCCAUCCACAACCACUGCUGCUCCAACAACAACUUCACCUGCUCCAACAACAAGAUCAGUGGCCCCAACUAAAACUACAGUUGUUCCAACUACAACCACAGAGGCUCCAACCACAACAACAGCUGCUUCAACCACAACCACAGCAGGUCCAACCACAGCAGUAACAACCACAACCACUGCUACUCAAAGAACAACUACGGCAGCUCCAACCACAACCACGACGGCUCCAACCACAACCACUGCUGCUUCAACAACUACGGCACCUCCUACGACAACACCUGCUCCAACCACCACAACAGCUACACCAACCACAGCUACAGCUGUUACAACCACAACCACAGAAGCUCCAACCACAUCCACAGUCGCUCCAACUACAACAACAGUGUCUCCAACCACAACCACAGCUGCUCCACCAACAACCACAGAAGCUCCAACCACAACCACAGUGGCUCCGACCACAACCACAGCAGCUCCAUCCACAACAACAACAGAUCCAAGUAAAACAACAGUGUCUCCAACCACAACCACAGCAGCUCCAACCACAGCAGUAACAACCACAACCACUGCUACUCCAACAACAACUAUGGCAGCUCCAACAACAACCACGACGGCUCCAACCACAACCACUGCUGCUCCAACAACAUCUACGGCAGCUCCAACAACAACAACACCU